AUGAGUUCUUUAAAAUAUAUAGAAGAAGGAAUUAACUCAAACAUUAGAGUAGAUGGGAGAACUUUAUUAACAUACAGAACAAUCGAAAUAAAUAAAAGUAUUUUAGUAUCAGCAGAUGGAAGUAGUAGUGUUAUGAAUGAAGAAAACAAUGUAAUUUGUGGAAUAAAACUUUCAUUAUUACCUCCCGAACAGCAUUCAAUCGAUGAAGGGUUUGUUAAUUUACAAAUUGAUUGUCCAGCUUCUGUAGCUUCAAAUAGAAUAAAAAAAGAGCAUUUGCAAAUUAUGACAUCCAUUAUUUAUGAUUUAUGCAUAAAAAAUAAUAUUGAUAAAAAAAAAUUGUGUGUUUUACCUUCAAAAUUUGUUUGGGGUAUUGAUAUAAAUGUUAUGGUUUUAAAUGGCGGGGGAGGAUUAUUAGAUAUCAUCAGCAUAGCUAUAUAUGUAGCUUUAAAUGAUAUGAAUAUUCCUGUUGUUAAAGCACCCAAAAAAAUUGAUGAAUUAAAUAUGUUUCAUAAUACAAAAAGUAAAGAAUAUGAACUCGAAAUUGUUGAAAAUGAAAAAUUACCUUUUCCGUGUGAAAAUAUUCCUAUAUGUAUUUCAAUUGGAGAAAUAAAUAAUAAAUAUAUUUAUGAUAUGUCAAAAAUCGAGGAAGAGCUUGUUGAAAAUGUUUUUGUUGUUGCAGUUACAUCAAGUGGUAAGUGUGUAGCUUUUCAUAAAUUAUAUGGUAUAUCAAUGGAAGUAUCUUCUAUAUUAAAUAUGUCAGAAAAUUCAGUAAAAAUUUCACAAAAUCUUUUCAAAAAAAUUAAUGAAGCAAUUGAUAAAAUACAAACCAAUACCAUUCAUGCCUAA